AUGGCUCCUAAGAAGAAGGAACAGCAGAAGAUGUCCCUCGGGACCUUCUUGGCUGACGAGAAGUUGGGAUCAUGGGCCGAUGAGAUGGAGGAUAUGCCAGUUUACUCACGCCCUUCUGGAUAUGGUGGAAGCAGCAAUGAGAGACGUACCUAUAGCUCUACCACUGGUACUUAUGGCAACAAUGCCGGAGGUUAUUCCGUUCGCGAGGAACUCCCUCUCCCCGACAAGCCACCUUAUACUGUUCAUCUUGGAAACCUUUCAUUCGAUGCUACCGUCGGCGAUGUUAACGAAUUUUUCGUUGGCUGCGAAUGUAUCAACGUUCGCAUCAUUGAGGAUAAGAUGGAGAUGAAACCAAAGGGAUUCGGAUAUGCAGAAUUCGGCUCUUUGGAAGGCCUUAAGUCCGCCUUGACUUUGAACCAGACUCAGUUCCAAGGUCGUAACAUUAGAAUCAGUGUUGCUGAUCCUCCGAAGGAUCGUGGUGACCGUCCAGAUGUACGAGAGCUCGGAGACUGGAGUAGAAAGGGACCCCUACCUGAUUUGCCGGGCCGUGGAGGAGAGCGUCGCACUUCGGAUCGAGGAUACCAAUCUAGCCGUUUUGGCGAGGAAGGUGGCGAGCGUAGAGCCCCCCGUGAGCCCGAAAGUGAUGGCAAGGUUCGAGACUUUGGAAACUGGGAACGAAAGGGUCCACUCUCACCCCUCGCCCAACAGGAACGUGCUCCAAGAGAAGGUGGCCGACCCCGAACAAACGAUGGACCAAGAGCCGAAGGUUUUAGAGACCGCAAAGCUUCGCCAGCUGCUUGGGGUGAAGGUAGAUCCCAAGGUCAAGGCUCUGGCUCACAAGAAGGAUCAAGACCACCCAGACGUGAGUUUCAAGAGCGACCCGUCGCUGAGCGUGCGCCCACAGCCGCCGAUCAAGACAACCAAUGGCGUAGCAAAAUGCGACCCGACCCACCAGCUGCACCAGCAGCAAAGUCACCUGUUCUAUCCCGUGAAGGGAGCGAGGCCCCAGCUUCUCCAGCCCUCCCAUCUGCCCCGGCUGGUGGUAGACCAAGAUUGAACCUUGCAAAGCGCACCGUUUCCGAGGCCCCUGCUGAUUCAUCCUCGUCAUCUGCCGCAGGUGAUGCGAAGGCAAGCCCAUUUGGAGCUGCUCGUCCAAUUGAUACUGCCGCCAAGGAGAAGGAAAUCGAGGAGAAGCGACAACAGGCCAUCAAAGAGAAAAAGGAGGCUGAUGAGAAGGCUAAGCAGGAGAGAGAGGCUGCAAAGGCUAAGGAAACUGAAGACAACGAGAAGAAAGCUGAAGUUCUACAACGUGAAGGUGAAGAAGCAACAAAGGAAGGAGAGACAAUUGAAACCGAGAAUGCAAACGGCGAGAUUGUCGACGAUAAGGCUGUCAAACCAAAAGAGAUUGUGAGAGAUGCCAAACCAAAACCAUCUGACACAGGAGCCUGGAGACGUCCAUCUGGACCUAAACCACCCAGGGAUGAUAUUCCAAGAGGACCUAAGGGUAGGGGUGGUGAUUAUGCACCAAGAGGCCCAAGACACAAUGAUGGAGGAAGGAACCACAGACAAAACCCAAAUGGUGGUGGACAAAAUGCGACUGCACCAGCCCAAAGCCCUGUUGCUACAACUGAAACUGCAGUCAUGGAAGAGGAUGGCUGGAGCACAGUGUCUAAACCCAAGAAAAAUAACCGUGGUGGUAACGCAGGCCAACGUGCUAUUGCUUCUUAG